AUGUCUUCUGCUCAUCAGGCUUCCCCACACAUACCCAAUGACCCAUCCAGCUUUCAGAAGGCCACCACACCCAAACUCCAGAUCACCAGCAAUGACAAGGAGGCUGACAUCUGCAUGAAGAUGGCUGAAUGCAAGUGGCACAAGGUGUUGAGGGAAGAGGCUGCCUGGCUGGAGGCAGAGAGGCUCGAGAGGGAGUGUCUGGAAGCAGAGAAAUGCAAAAAGGAGCAAGUGGAGGCUGAUCAGUGUGAGAGGGAGUGGGUGGAGGCCAAGAGGCAGGAGCAGGAGUGGUUGGAGGCCAAAAGGCAAGAACAGGAGCAUCUGGAGACUGAAUGCCAAUAA